AUGCCCGAAUUCGUCAGCACACCUCUGUACGGCGGUGCAAUCACUUGUGACCUGCCCGCCAAGUUCGCCGAUGUCAGCAAGUUGCGACAAGUUCCCGAUAACCAGGAGGUUUGGAUCGACCAAGAUGGUUUCACCAGUAUCAUAUUCGAUAUCACCGAGCGUGUUGGAGGCUCUGGCUCAGGCCCCGAGGUCGACGGUCGUGCUAUGACAACCCAUCUCGAAGAUAUGGUUGGGUCGGACAUCGAUACCGUUAAGAUCUGGAACACUGCCGAGACUGAGUUCACCAGAUUAAACGGCACACCCGCCUACACGCUCAUUUCCACCCAGACCCCUCACGUUAGCAAGUCCCGCGACACGACCUCUGCGCCCGACUUCACUGCUAUCAUAUUGACACUACUACGGCUCGAGAAGGAGAAGACGGACAUUCUUAUCACCAUUAACGUCCCACACAUCAAGGGAGAAUAUGACGAAUCAGAAGUUGACCUUGAGCUGGGACGCCAGGGUAAGCUGAUUGGCGAUGCUGUCGAGUACUCGGCCAAGAUUUGGGAGACGUUCAAGAUCAAGGACUGGGGCCUAUUCGGUGCCUAA